AUGGCUCCAAGCCGGCCUCGGUGAGCGCUUUCCUCGCUCUUUCCCUCUCUCAGGGCGAUCGAAUCAAAGCUCGCGCAGGUUGCGAGGCCCCAACGCGAUGAGUGAGGUGUUUGCAUGGGCAGUCUUCGCAUCGUUCAUCCUCGUAAGCAAAGAAAAGGCCAAGAUCCACUCAUCCCAUGCUCUCUGUCGCGUUUCAGGCGUUGCUGGUCAUCAAUUAUCUGUUGACGAGAUGGCUUGUGGACCCGGCGGAGAGCUACACGCUGGCCACAUUCGCAGUGGUCUCAUGCUUGACCAUCAGCUUGCUGUGCGUCCUGCUCCUUCCAGUGGAUGUCUUCACCGCAUCAAAAGGGGUACUGUGGCAAACACAGCAGAAUCGCUGUUGACGUGAUGGCUGCAUUGGUGUGCAUGUCAAUUGGUGCAUGUGUGUGUGUUCAUUGUAAUGUUAGGACAUUCGCACCGAGUGGACACAGGUGGUGGUUUCGCAGCAGCUGGUUCAGUCAACUUAUCUCGGUAGGCACACCGGAAGGCUCACCGUCACUGUGACAUACUUGCAGGUUUCUGUGUAUGUGUGUGUGUGUGUUGUGUGUGUCAGCUCUGUUUGGUGCUCUCCUUGUGCUGUGUUACGUGGUGGUGCCGUUCGCUUUCUUCUAUGGCGAGGAAAGGGGUGCCGACUUCGAUGAAGACCAGGAGCCAUGCGGCAAAUCGGCUGGCGCACUCAGACACACAGUAGGCGGCAAAGAGAAAGGCCCUCUUUCUCUUUGCAUGGCCCUCUCUCCGUGUGUGUUGGUGGCACGACACACAGGUGUUCUUCAUGGUGUUUGUGGUAUUGCUGCUGCUGACGGGUCUGUCCUUCAGAGCCGGGCAGAAGGCGAGGCUGCAGCAUGGCAAGGAGAUCCAGUUCUUCCACCAUGUCCUCGACGUUGACCACGGUACGCACCGACAGAGAACGCAAAAUGAGCGGCGAGGCGGACGUCAUUCAUGUGUGUGUCUGCCGCUGGCUGCAGCUGGCGAUGCAGCGAUAUCCUUCUCCAUCGCCUCGUUGACCUUCCUCGGCGUUAUGGCAUGGAUCUUCUACUCGGUCAGCUCAGCUUUCCACCACACUUGUGACGCGCUUCGCAGCCACCCCCACGCUGCUGUCGGCUUAUCUCUCUUUAUCAGGCCUAUGGUCUGGCGUCCUUUCCCUUUGAGCUGAUCCGCAGUCGUCGGUCGUUUCACGAGCAGCGCGUGGAGAUCGAGAACGACAUGGCCACGCUGCGUGAGCGCCACAGGGCGAUUCAGGCCAAGUACGGCAGUAGGGGGGACGGCGGCGGCGCCUCCCUGGACAUGAGCAAGAUGACCACAAGGGACAGGUGGAACCUCACAAAGCUGCAAAGGGAACAGAGGUAGGGGUGCGCUGAAGAGGGAGGGGUGAAUGGCUCCCUGCAUGCAUUGCAUCUGGUGGGUGAUUGCUGGUGGGUGGGUUGGUGUUGUUAUGGGUCUAUCCAUCCAUCAUCAAUCCAUCAGGUUGUUGACGCACUACAACUACCGGCUGCAGGAGAUGGAGGAGGCGGCCCAGAGCUGGAUCGCCAAGACCAUGAUCAUACUCACACCAUUCAGGGUGCUCAUCGGGACGGCUUUGGUGGGUCUUUCCCUGCUGGUCUUCAUCUCGCUGCUGCUCACCUCCAUCGAUAGGGUGAGGGAAAGACAGACGCCAACAGAGAGGAGGGGGACGGCGGAGGACUCACGUGUUGUGUCUCUCUUUGGUGGUUCGUGUGUGGCCGGACGCAGUUUCUCCACUCUGGUUGUGCCCUGUCGUGUGGUUUUCUGCUCGAGAGUCAGCGGGCCCUGUGGAACCCACUCGAUUGGCUGCUCACCUGGCUCUCAAAUGUAGGCACGCAGGCACACCCAACAGGCCGGCACACACGAUGAUCGAUCCUCUGUGUGUGUGUUUGUGUCAGUAUUUCCCCUUAGACUUCGUCGCGCUGGCCGUGUUGACGCUGUACAUAUUCUGCUGCUCGCUUUACGGCAUCACGGCGCUUGGAAUUCGUGUGGCCUUCAUUCCAAUCUUCCCCAUCAAGCCAAGAAGAUCACUGCCUCAGGUGAGCAGGCAUACAGAAGACACAGGGAGGGGGAGGGGGAGAGUGCACUUAUCUGUCGUCUCUCUCUCUCUCUCUCUCUCUUGUGUGUGGCUGUGCCCUCUGCAGGCGUUGCUGCUGAUGUGUUUCGUCUUGGCCCACAUCCUCCUGGUGCUGUGCAUGACGCUUCUGACCAUCGCCCACCAAUACGCCACAUUCGGCUCACAGACAAUCAGGCGGGACGACGGGAGUCUGGAGGGCUGCUCGACGAGAAGCGAUCCGAAACACUGCCACAUAUCGGUCAUCGCCGCCUUCUUCAACCGCAUUAUCAUCGGCAGCAGCGUCUUCUCUGUCGGUUACUUCUUCGCAAACUGGCUCUUCUGCGGUGCGGUGGGCAGGGCUUAUGACGAAGCUGCGACGACAUGACAUCUCUCUCGUGCCAAUCGGCCGUGUCGAUCAGGUGUGUUCGUCCUCGUGUUCCUGCACGCAUGGCUUUUGAGGCAGCCGAGAUCACCGCUACUCGAUGUGGGCACUCACUUGCACCCUCAUGUUAUGCCGAGUGCACGUGUGCCGUUGUCACUGUGAUGCACCCAUCAAUCAGGGUCGGUUGGAUGAGAUGGAUGACGAAGCGCUAGGGCUGCUGGACAUGGGUACGGAACACAAGACGUGAAUGAGGGCGGGAGAGAGGGAGGGACGGUGGGAGGGGCAGCCACAGAUACAUGGGUACGGGCGGUGGUGGGUUGGGAUGGGGCUGUGUGCAGACGGGCUGGAAUACGACAAUGACAGCUGCCUCGCUGGCUGGCUGGCUGGCUGGCUGGCUGGUCACGUGUUGUAUAGCAUGACAUUCAUUGAUUUUUCGUUUGUGUGAUGUGUGU